AAUGCAAUUUCUCCCGGAGACGAUCGAUAGAUCAUCAUUUUAGUUUCAUGUGGAGAAGCCCUCUCGUCUCAUUCACCUGCUGAAAAUUCAUCAAAUAAAAGAUCAUCAUCGAAGUUAUCCGCAUCUCCUCGGGAAUGUUGGUUUCAAAACAGAGAACGUUAAUAUCGUCUUCACUCUAUCGAAAGUCCCACUCUCCCUUUAUCUGCUUCUCUUCCUCCUCAAUCUCCCGACAUUUGAGCGAUUUAGGCUUCACGAUGAGAAGUGUCUCGAUGGUUUCAACUCUAGAGUUAAAUAGGAACGAGUCUGAUUCCGAUUCCAGCGAGGUAGACGUUUUAUCUGAUCCCAAGUUUUCCGGCAAAGCGACGACGAUACUACGCCGCAUGCUGGCUCAGAGGAAAAUUCCCAGCUUGCAGGUAGCUCAUCAUAGAAAGAAAGAGCAGCCUGACAAGACACUACAAGGUCUUUGCAUUACUGGGAGAUUGAAAGAAGCUGUUGGGCUGUUAUGGCGUAGCAACGGGUUACAGCUCGAGUCCGAUACUUACUCUAUGCUGUUACAGGAAUGCAAAGAGAGGCGUGAAUACGCAAAGGGGAAACGAGUACAUGCUCACAUGGUCGUUGUGGGAUUCGCUCCGAGCGAGUAUUUGAAAGUCAAGCUGUUGAUACUUUACGCCUUGUCAGGGGAUCUUCAAACAGGUGGGAUUCUCUUUCGUGGUUUGCAGUCGAGGUGUUUGAUAUCGAUGAACGCAAUGAUCUCAGGGUGUGUUAAGAAGGGUCUUGAACAACAAGGGCUUUUUAUGUAUUACGAUAUGAGAUACUGUGGUUUAGUUCCGGAUCAGUAUACUUUUUCUUCCGUGUUUAGAGCGUGUUCUGCGUUAGCGUCGCUGGAACAUGGAAUGAGAUCUCAUGCUGUGAUGGUAAAGACUUGUCUUAAGUCGAAUGUUAUAGUCAAUGGUGCUCUUGUUGAUAUGUACUUCAAGUGCAGCAGUGUCUCUGAUGGAUACAAAGCGUUUGAUCAGUUUCUCGAUAGAAACGUGGUUACGUGGACCUCGUUGAUGUCUGGAUACGGGUAUCAUGGACAAGUUUCGGAGGUGUUGAAAUGCUUUGAGAAGAUGAAGGAAGAAGGUUGCAGACCGAACUCUGUCACGUUUUUGGUGGUUCUCACUGCUUGUAGCCAUGGAGGUUUGGUUGACCAAGGUCGGAUGCAUUUUGAUUCUAUGAAAAGGGAUUACGGGAUGGAGCCUGAGGGACAACACUACGCUGCUAUGGUUGAUAUCUUAGGGCGUGCUGGUAGGCUACAAGAGGCGUACGAGUUUAUAAUGAAGUCACCGUGCAAGAAACAUGCUCCGGUUUGGGGAUCUUUACUGGGAUCAUGCAGGAAUCAUGGGAAUGUGGAGCUGCUAGAGCUCGCAGCUACGAGAUAUUUCGAGUUGGAUCCAACGAACGGGGGGAAUUACGUGGUGUUUGCCAAUGGAUACGCGAGCUGUGGAUUGUUGGAUGCUGCCUCAAAGGUUAGGAAGAGAAUGGAGAAUGCAGGAGUUGAAAAAGAUCCAGGUUAUAGCCAGAUUGAAUUACAAGGUCAAGUUCAUAGGUUCAUGAGGAAUGACACGUCUCACAGACUCUCUAGGAAGAUACACAACAAGGUCCAAGAGAUGGCUUCUCUGUUUAUGGAUGUUGACUACUAUCCAGAUGACUUGGACACUAGUUAUCCUCUUUGAUAGAUUGGUUUGUCAUCUUGUCUUGGUUGUGUGACCAAAACAACUAGCAGU